AUGUCGACACCUGUCAAGGAAAGCCGACCCAUCGUUAUUUCUGGGCCGUCCGGUGUCGGCAAAGGAACCCUCAUUCAAAAGCUUUUUGAAGAGUUUCCUAACACUUUCGCGUUCACAGUCUCCCAUACAACUCGAGCCCCACGUGCUGGUGAAAUUGAUGGCAAAGAUUACUUUUUCGUGACCCCCUCGACGUUCGCCGAUCUCAUUUCUCAAGGAGCCUUUGUUGAACACGCAAAAUUUGGUGGUAAUCAGUAUGGCACGUCUCAAAAAACAAUCGCAGACCAAACCGCCAAGGGCCUUAUUGUUGUGUUAGAUAUUGAGAUGGACGGUGUUCGACAAAUACAGGCAAACCCUAACAUCAAGGCUCGUUAUGUUUUUAUCAAACCGCCAAGCUUUGAGGUUCUUGAGAAACGCCUGCGAGGACGGGGCACUGAAAAGGAUGAGUCUAUUCAAAAGAGACUAGCUCAAGCGAGGGUUGAGUUAGAUUACGCAGAGACUGGUGUUCACGACAAGAUCAUAGUUAACGAUAAUCUCCAAGAGGCAUAUGAAGAGCUUAAAAAGUUUGUAUUCGACAGCAACUAG